GAGGAUGUGCUGAAAGCCGCAAAGUUUGCCGUUUGCUGCCUCAUGCGCCAUAUAGAAGUGUCCCUGAGCAAGACACCCAACCCCUAAUUCAGGGGUGUCAAACGCAUUUCAGGUUCGUGCCAGAUACUGCCCACUUCAAACAUGGAGGUUCCCACUCUCUGGAGUUCUUGUCUACAGGACGGGGGCCAGGAGAUCAACCUUUGUUUGAGCAGCUCACAGUCUUUGAUGGAGUUCCCAUCUCUCACUGUGACGCCUCAACAAAACAAGAACACUUCAAACUGACCCUGGAGUCCAAAAACUUACCCAAAGACUGUUUUGAAGCAUUUUUUAAUAUCUUAGAUUCUCUUCUCGAGUUUCCAUCAUUUGUCAACGACACAGUGUAUGUUGUACAGCGGAGACGUGGCUGCGUCCAGGCGGCCAAUGGGACGCUGUCUGCUUUUGAAGCCUGGGCAGUGAAUGGGAUGGACUUCAUGACCUUUAACCCUGAAUCCCAGAAAUGGACGUCCCAGUCUCCCUCCGCAAAAGCCAUUGAACGUCAUUGGAACACAAAAACAGAGAUGAACGAUGCCUUCAGAAACUUCAUCACAGAACAAUGUCCACUGUUGAUCCAGAAAAUUCAACUGAGAUCAGUGAGCCAGAAUACAGAGUUACGUGUAUUUGCCAAGCCCAAAGAUAGCAACGGCCAGUUUCUGCUGACGUGUCACGUGACGAGUUCUGACACAUUGAUUAGCUCUGUGCAUCUGAUUGGAGAUGGAGCUACCAGGGCCGCCUGGAUCACUGUAGCUGGACCGCUGCCCUCUGAAGACGGAUCCGUGAUCAUGAGGCUGACAGCUGGGAUCCGUCAGAGCGCAAACACCUACACAUACGGCUGCAGAGUACAAGCAGGAGGUCACAACAUCACCGUCUUCUGGGAUGGUUAUACUCUUGAUGGCAGCUACCUUCUUUACCCGUCAAGCAACCUUUGGCAAAUGGGCAUGAUACUCCUUGGACUCUUCUGCGUUGGGCUCAUAAUCACCAUUAUAUCCUACAUAAUGAUAUGUCUGCUUAAAUGUGAGAGGAAUACGCCCAUUUCUACUGUGAGAGUUGAUCCAGAGCUGGUGGAGGAGUUUACCAGGUUCAUGAAUAGUGUUCCUUAUCCAGAACUACAGAAUGUCUUUGUUUCAUAUUUACGGGGUAUCGGGUUAGACAGAGACUCGCAGGUCCAGUGGGAGGAGAUGAAAAAUGUAAGGGAUCAAAGUUACUACGAUCUGGACUACUUUGGUCGCCAAGGAAGUGAGUCUGUAGUUUGAAAAAGCUUUUCCUUCCGGCUCCGUUGUGUCUUCAAGGCCUGUUUUACUGCUCCAACCUCCGGCAGCUGAGGUUGGACAAAUGGUCGGAUCGUCCUUUCCAGCACCAUAGCAUAACCCCGAUAGUUUGACCACAUCUUUUUUGAAAAGUACCCAUUGGUACUGUGUCCAACCAGCAUGCAACAUUAAAAAUAAAACUGUCCGCUGCCUUCAGCAACUCAGGGCGAAUCUCUGCUGUAGUUCAUCACCCUGCAGUGUUUGGCCUAUCAUAUCCUCCACUGCUCCCUGUGCACGAGUCCAGACCCAGUGGGCCCACACAGACACCUGUGCACACUCCCACCAGCAGACAGUAAAUGCCAAUGUGUGUCCGUCCGUUCCUACAGGAGACACCACACUGGGUUGUUUUAAAGCCACGUAAUGUAAAUAAUGUCAAAUCAAAGCUCAGCACGCUUUCUUCAUGUCUUCUUUGACGAUGUUUCUGCCAUCAUGUUAUCAUGCCUAUUUUCUAUGCUAUUAUACUGUGAAUGCUUUCUGAGACCUCUGCUGCAAAUAUCUACCUCUUAUAUAGCAGUGAUGAUAUAUAUACGCCAUAAGUAACAAAAUAAGUAUAAGCUGUAUAGAUACAGACAGUACACAGCAUGUAAAUACGUUUAACUUUUUCUUUAUGUAUACUUGAGAUAUGAUUCACAGGAAGUGGUUCUAUGUGAAAAAGCAUCAAUGUCCGUGCGUCAUGUUGAAUGUCCAGCAGC